AUGCAUUUACUAGGACAUAAUCUUCCCGAUCACAAACCCUUGAAAAUCGCUCUAUUGACGUUUUACGGAUUAUCACAUCAAUUAUCAUCGAGGUUAUUAGCUAGAUUAUCUAUACAUUCCGAAGCUUUGGUAUCUGAUUUAACUGAACCUCAAUUAACUUCAUUAUCAGCAUAUCUAUCUUCUCCCUCUACGACUUCAAAACCCAGUGAUUCACCUAUAUCUCUGUCUCCUCCAGGAGGCAAAUCCCUCCUUUCCCCGGGGAACAAAUCGAUUUUCGGUAACCUCAAUAACAUAAAUCGCAUUGGUAAAGGUAACGGCAACGGUAGUAAAGCGAAUGCGAAUGUCAAGGGGAAGGGAAAAGAACAAGUGAAAGAAGAUCCACUAGAUGAAUUGAAAAUUGAGACUGAAGCUAGAAGAAGCAUGCAAGGUGAUAUCGCUCAUCUAAGAACCGUUGGUACUUAUCGUGGGAAAAGACACGCAGCAGGAUAUCCCGUCAGAGGUCAAAGAACCCAAACAAACGCUUCUACAGCGAAGAAGCAUAAUCGAGUGGAAAGAAGGGGAUUCGCAUCGUGA